UCUUCACAAACGGCAAUAUCUUCUGUUAUUGUCAGAAAUGCUUAAUGUUUUGCAAAACUCAGUUGCUAUUUCGUGUAGCGUAGUCACAAUUAUUAUGGAGACCAUAAAAGACCAAUUAAAUGUAACCAUACAAUUGUCAUUUUCUACAGUAUAUUUAUUUACAAAUGUUGUUACACUCUAGUCAACAGAACAAGCAGAAGUCUAUCCGGAACCAAAGCACGUCCAUGUGUUUCUGAACGAGAGCAUUUAGUGGCUGGUAGACUUCAUGACCAACUAGUUUGCUCUGUUUUACGAUUUUAUUGUCAUAUUCAACAUUGUCUUUUCUUCAACAUUUAGGUACGUGUUAUUUGACUUUAUUCAAUAGUGUGCGUUUUAUUUGUAUUGAUGUUUACUGUUCAUGUAGAUGUCUGUUACUUAGUCUGUUGAAUUAAUUGUUAGCACAGAUGCAAGGGGUGGGGUUUACAGUUGGUGAGUAUUGUAGUUUUUUUAAACUAACUACCCUUAUAGAUAAAUAUCUCAGACCGUGGUUCAGCAUGAAGAUUGCCAUAAUUAUUUUUUUGGGACAUAAAUGAAGCAUGUAAACGUUGAUUUUAUUUGUCACGGACUUCCGGACUACGAAGGUUCCGGAUAUUUGUAACACCGGACCUCUCACUGUGUGCGCCCCAUCGUUCUUUUCGUUAUCAUAGCACUCCUAACUUAACAGAAGCCAGUUAGCUUGGUUCAGUGCGGUUUGGGCCGUUAGAAGAUACCGUAAUAUGGCCAGUAACCAAGAGUCCAAAGACGGCACGGACCGGUCCGACCUGGUUUCUGAAGACGGGAAGAAUAUCAAAACGGUCGUGUGUCAGCGCUGCGGAUCCAAAGUGCUCUGCCCGGGGAUGGCUGUGUUUGCAGAGAAGGAGCUGUUCCUACCGUCCAUGCGGAAAAAGAGCGGCCUCAGCACCACAGAGGGCUCCGUGGACGGGGACACUCUGACCGCCCACUGGUUUGUGGACGACAUGUACACUUUUGAGAAUGUGGGCUUCACUAAGGACGUGGGGAGAAUAAAGUAUCUCAUCUGUGCAGAUUGUGAGAUUGGACCAAUUGGCUGGCACAGUUUGGAUGACAAGAAAAGUUUCUAUGUGGCUCUGGAAAGGGUGAAUCAUGCAUAGUCUAAAUGCAUAUGUGAGCCCACAUGAACUGAAAAAAAUGUGUUGUCAGGCUAUGCAUCUUUUCAUGGAUUUACUCCAAACACUUGCAUAUACUGGUAUGUGUACGUUGUAUAUGAUAAAAGGACUGCUACUCUCAUUCUCCUCCAUCACACUAACAGUAGGAUCAUGCUGUUCUAAUAAAUAUGUUUUUUUGCAAGCUGAUGUUGAAUACCAUCCUGGAUAAUGUGAUGUUAAACUCCCUCAUCUCAGCGUCUUUUAACCCACAAAAUCACUUUCAGUCAGAUUAAAAGAUGAAAAUCAUACUGACACAAGUCAGUGCUCGUUUAACUCAUUAAAAUAGUUGAGUACUAAAACGAUCAGAUUAAUCAAUUGACUAAUUUUCAUUAUUGUUAAUUGGAUACUUUUUGAUUUUAUACUUGUGGUCAAACAAAUGCAGUUUGAAGAUAAAAUGUGCGUCUCUGUGA